CCCGAGCCCGAGCCCGAGCCCGAGCCCCCGGCGCCAUGUACACCUUCGUGGUGCGGGACGAGAGCAGCAGCGUCUAUGCCGAGGUGUCCCGCCUGCUCCUGGCCACCGGACAGUGGAGGCGGCUGAAGCGGGACAACCCCCGCUUCAACCUCAUGCUGGGCGAGCGGAACCGGCUUCCCUUCGGCAGACUCGGUCACGAACCCGGGCUUGUGCAGUUGGUGAAUUACUACAGAGGUGCUGAUAAACUGUGCCGCAAAGCAUCUUUGGUGAAGUUAAUCAAGACAAGUCCUGAGCUGACGGAGUCGUGUAUGUGGUUCCCCGAGUCCUAUGUGAUUUAUCCAACCGAUCUGAAGACCCCUGUGGCUCCGGCAGAAAAUGGCAUUCGCCAUUUGAUAAACAACUCCAGGACGGAUGAACGGGAAGUCUUCCUGGUUUCCUAUAACCGCAGGAAGGAGAGCAGGGAAGGCAAUGUGUGGAUCGCCAAGUCCUCAGCUGGAGCCAAAGGUGAAGGUAUUCUUAUUUCUUCAGAGGCUACAGAACUUCUGGACUUUAUAGAUAACCAAGGGCAAGUGCAUGUGAUUCAGAAAUACCUUGAAACGCCGAUGCUUCUAGAGCCAGGUCACCGCAAAUUUGAUAUUAGGAGCUGGGUCCUGGUGGAUCAUCAAUAUAAUAUCUACCUCUAUAGAGAGGGCGUGCUGCGAACCUCUUCAGAACCGUACAAUAUCACAAAUUUUCAGGAUCAGACCUGCCAUCUGACUAAUCACUGCAUUCAGAAAGAACAUUCAAAAAACUACGGAAAGUACGAAGAGGGGAAUGAGAUGUUCUUUGAGGAGUUCAAUCAGUAUCUAACAAGUGCUUUGAACAUUACCUUGGAAAAUAGUAUCUUAUUGCAAAUCAAACAGAUCAUAAGAAGCUGCCUUACGUGUAUAGAACCUGCAAUCAGCACUAAGCAUCUUCACUACCAGAGCUUCCAACUCUUUGGCUUUGACUUUAUGGUUGAUGCGGAACUGAAGGUCUGGCUCAUUGAAGUCAACGGAGCCCCAGCCUGUGCCCAAGGAUGGGCAAGGAUGGCGUCCCCCUUCCCCGGAUAUAGCACUGAUUGGAGGAAAUUGUAUGGAGAGCUCUGCCAAGGAAUAGUGGAUAUAGCCAUAUCCAGUGUCUUUCCCCUCUCUGAACCCAGGCCGAAGCAGAGCCAGCAAUCGGUGUUCAUCAAGCUGUGACAACACGACCGGCCCGGACAUCCUGGGAAUGGAGAACUGCCAACUCGAAAGGAGGGAAAUGGCACGAGGGGGUAAAAUGAUUUCACGCCACAUGUGGGGAAAGAAGAACUUCUUCCAAUGCAUAAGGGUGGAAGGAGACAGAAGGAGACUCCCAAAGAGGACGCUAGAAAAACCCAGGGUGCUCCAGCCCCAGCCUGGGCAGCUGGGAAGCUGAACCCCCAUCUCUGGGAUGAUAGUCAAAUAGGAUUAAAAAACAACAACCAGGGAUCGAUGAUGUCAUGCUUCUUGUCCUUUAAAACGUCUUCAAAAAAAACAACAAACCACCGAGGCAGUUUCAUAAGUAGAAUCUGCCUUCCUCCGUCCCUUAUCCUAGAAGCUUGGCCCUUUGUUAUGCAAUGUUUUUCCACUUGCUGCAGGUUUAGUGCCUUAGCCCAUUCCUAGCAGCUAGCUCUCUUGCUCCAGGAGGUCUGGACUCCUCAGAGCCUCAUAGUUAGCUAGCGGGAAGAAGACAGUAACCUAACUCAGCAGCCGCAGGCCUGACCUGUUCUCAGAGCCACAAAUUCAGCUUCAGGAUGAGGAGAGCAUCUCUUAUCCCCCUCCUUGCGAGUCAGUGCUCUAUCAGAAUAAGGAAAUUCUCAAACAGAUUUAAGGAAAACAGUAUAGUUCUUUGCUUCUGAUGUCUCUAAAAGAUAAAAUGUCUCCCUCUUCCCUACGCCCAUAUCAGUAGCUAACAAGUGAUGAUGCUCAGAUCUUUCUCUCCAGGUUGAGAGCUUGCUUUGUUUGGGGGUUUUUUCCAUCUACUUUGACUAAAUAGGGUGCCUGAAAACUUCCCUUUUUGUCACUUUUUCCACUGCUGAUGUUUUCCAAGUCUCCAGGAGGAAGAGCUGCCGUCUUUUCAUUUUCACACAGAAGCAAUGUGCUGUCCUCCAGAUCAGGGGCAUCGGUUUUUCUUUCACCCGGGAAGUCAGCAGAGUGUUAAUUACCUGAGGCUGCAGAGCACUGUUAGUCAUUGAGUCUAUGACAAAUAAAUCAGGAAGAGGAAAAAAAAAAGCCUGGUGAUUUUUAAAGGUAACCUUCUCCUGAAGGGCCUACUUUUUUAUGUUUUGGGUUUUUUUUGACAUUAAGAUCCAACUGUAUUUGGAUCUGACCAAGUCAACUAUGUCUCUUUGUUCUGUCUCUUUGAAAGACUAGAAAGGAGGCCGGAAUAGAAGCAGAGUAAAUGUUACAGAUCUCA